AUGGCAGAGGACGAUGUGAUGAUAGACGGGCGACCACUUUCGUCCCUCAAAGUGACUGAGUUAAAAGAAGAACUCGAAAAGCGACAAAUCUAUAUAAAAGGAGUGAAAGCAGUACUUCAAGAGAAACUCAGAGAGGCAAUAGCUAGUGAGGGUGGCUCUACCACCGAUUCAAAGUCACUGGAGCCGGAAACUGAAGCGCCUGGAACAAAAACUCCACAGAACAAUCUCUCGCCGUCGAAAAAAUCUGAAACAUCUCCGAGCAAAAGACAAACUCCAAAGAGAGGACAAAGGAACAAGCAAGAAAAUGAACCAGUUGAGGCUCCGGAAGUUGAGAUAGAACCCGAGCAAAUAACUGAUUCUGUACAAGAAAAAGUGGACGACGUAACGGAAACUGUUGUUUCGCAGUCUUCAGAACCAUUGAAGACGACAGAAGCACAGCAGUUGGAAAAUGAAGCCGAAGUCAGUGAGAAGCCACAAGUGCCAAAAACUGAACUACAAGACAAAACUGCUGAGGUUGAGGUUACCCCACAGGAGACUAGGUUUGAAAUCGAACCAUCCUUUUUCAAUGAACAAAAACUUUUAGUUAUUAAUGCUCCAUCAGAGAAAAAAGUUCCAAAGGAUGACGAUGGAGACGAGUUGGAUUAUGGAGACGAUGAAGAAAAGGAUCAGAAGGACGAUGAGUCGAUGGAUUCAGAAGAUGCAAAAGAGAAAGAAGCGAAAGCUAUUCAGGUCGAGGGGAAACAUGAGAAGAACGCUGAAGGUGUCAAGAAGGAGGAAAAGGUGCGCGAAUCGGUGUCUCACCGGCGUGUAUCUUCUCCUUCGUCUAGACAUCCAGUGUCCAACAUCGUUCACAUUCGUGGUUUGACUCGUCCAUUCACCGAGAGACAAUUGCGCAACGAGAUCGAAAAGCAUGGAGGCGAAAUCACCGAUUUCUGGAUUGACAAAGUAAAAAGUCACUGUUUUGCAAAGCUCAAAACCAAUGAAGAUGCUGGUAACGUUCGCAACGCAAUGCAUGACACAGUUUGGCCAGAUGGAAAUCCAAAGAAGUUGGCUAUUGUGUUCGAAUCAGAGGAAAAUAUGACAAAAUACAAGGAAGGAAAAGAAUCAAGCAUUGUGGAGGCUGGAAAGAUCGGAGGACGAGGUGAUCGCAUGUCUACCAGUUCCCAAAUAUCUUUGCUAGGUGGAAAAGCUAGUCUUCAGACUACGAUUCAAAAUGUCCUUCGUGACAACGACAAACUCGACGCUGACCGAAAAGAAAAGCGUGGAAGCCUUGCCUCUCGUCUCACCAGAAUUGAUGACACCGAUAAGACCAAGGAAGUUAGAAAAAGGAAUCGGUCUGAAACACCUCCAUUUUCUCGUGGUGCUGGAUUCAUGAACGAAAAAAGAGCCAAGCUCGACGGUCAGGAACGAGAAUAUCGCAGAGAUGAACCUCGCCGAGUGACAGAGGAAGAUGUUCCCAAAAAAUCGUUGGAUCAACUCUUCAAAAAAACGCUUGCACAACCACCAAUUUAUUAUUUGCCUUUAACUGAGGAACAGGUUGCUGAGAAAGCUAAUAAAAAGAUGAAGGAGUCUGAAAAAGUCACGGAACGGGCCGGCAAAUCGGAUCGUGAGAAGGAUCAUGAUCGUAGCCGUGGAGAACGUGCUGAGCGUGGAGACCGUGGAGAGCGUAUUGAUCGUGGUGAUCGUGGGGAACGCAGUGAUCGAGACCGCCAAAGACGUCGCGAUUAA